GCUGGACGGGUAGAUCCGUGUCAGUUUGUGGGCCUGGGUUUCCUUGCAGGUGUUUCCUAUCCCGCGGCAGAGAGCUUGGUGCAGCAGGGAGCGGCCCUGGUCCCUCCAGCCCUGGGGGUCCCAGCCCCACUCCUCACCCCGCAGAGCUGCCAUCCCAUCCCCUGUUCCCUGAUGGCUCCUGGGGGGGCCCAUCCCGCUCUCCUCUCCGCCUGGCUCUUGUUUCUCUGCUCGGUUGUCUCAGCUGGGGUUCACCGUUUCACCCACUCCCAGAUCAUUUCACCGCGGGCGGCCCCCGGGCUGCCCAAGCGCCAGAGCCUGCUGCAGGUGAAUGGGCUGGCGCUCUCGGCCUAUGACAGCAGCAGUCGGAGGAUGAUGCCGCGCAACGGCUACAUGCAGGGCGACCAGGAGACCCACCAGUUCUGGAGCAUCAGCAGCGUCCGGUGCAUGUUCUGGGACCCCUGGGUGGAGACCGAGUAUCAGGCCCUGGUGCGGGUGGUGAACGACAGCUCCCCAAAGGGCGAGCCCUACUACAUGCAGGUCGUGCAGAGCUGUGAGUUGGACGAAGCCAGCGGCGCUGUCCGAGCCGUUACCAGGUACACCCUGAACGGAGAGGACGUGCUGCAGUACCAUGGGGACCAGAACCGCUGGUUCUCAGUGCACCCGGCUGCCUGGCGUGUGGCUGAGCGCUGGAACCGCGAGAGGGAGAUGCUGACCGGGAUCAACACCCACACACCUCAGCAGUGCGGGACCUUCAUCCGGAUCACGGUGCCAUUCACCGUGCAGAUGACAGCUCAGCCCACGGUGCACGUGUCCCUCGUGCAAGGAACCCCAGGCCGGCCUCGCCGCCUCAUGUGCCACGUGACAGGGUUCUACCCCCAUGACAUCGAGGUGACCUGGGAGCGGGGGGGCCAGGGGGCCCUAGGGGAACAGAUGACCAGUGGGAUCCUGCCCAACGGAGACCCCACCUUCCAGAUCCGAGUGUCCAUCAAGCUGGGGCUGGGGGAGCAUGUGUGCGUGGUGAGACAUGUCAGCCUGGGGGGCGCCCCCCUGAGGAUCACCUGGGAUCCCCAGGCCACAGGCCAGGCCAGGACCCUGGGCGUCCUCGCUGGCUGCGUGCUGGCUGCUCUGGGAGCCACCGUCCUGAGCUGGUAUCUCAGGGGGAGGUCAGGCCGCUCGGAGGGGCCGUACCGCCCGGCGCGGGCACAGCCAGGAACCCUCGACUCCUCCCUGGCUAAGCCAGGAGACACCUUGGCCAUGUCUCUGUCCUGCCCAGGUGUCACCGCGUGACCGUCGCUGUCCUGGGCUAGCACCACAUGGGCCAGCCUGCCCUGGGGGCGUCGUGGAUUUGGCUGAAACUUCCUGAGGUUACGGGGAGUGGGGAGCGGGUGUACCCCUGCUGUGCCUCCGUCCUGUGCUCUCCCCACCACCUCCAGUCGCUCCGUGCCCCAUAGUGCCCAGCCCCACCCGGGUGGCACCGCAGUCAUGUGCAGGGGUGAAAUGGUGGCACUUUUGAGUCACCAACUGUCAGUACAUGUGGAACCUUCACAGAGUUUUUUACUGGAGUCAUUUGUUGUCUUGGUUUGCCCGGGUGCUGUGCACGGCCGGCUCUGCACCGCUGGCGUCGGCAGGACCGGGUGGACUUGGAGAGGUGGCACUGGGGCUCGGGACGCCUGGGUUCUCUUCCUGCCUUUGUAGCUGGCUGCCCUGGGGUGGGUGCGUGGGCAGAACAUCUUGCAGAUCCAGCGUUUCCUCUCGCUUGGGGGAGAGCGCCCCCUACUGAGCCCCUCGCUGCUCCUUGCAGCACAGUGCCCCCUACUGAGCCCCUCCUCUGCCCCUGUGCAUGCUGCCCACUACUGAGCCCCCCUCUGCCCCUGUGCAUGCUGCGCACUACUGCACCCCUCC